AAUGUUGGUGACUCUCGGGCAGUGGCAUGUGUGAGCGGUGUGGCUGAGGCGUUGAGUUUCGAUCAUAAGCCAGCGAAUGAGAUCGAAGCGAAACGUAUCGUCGCGGCCGGUGGUUGGGUGGAAUUCAAUCGUGUUAAUGGCAAUCUAGCACUAUCACGUGCACUCGGCGAUUUUGCGUUCAAGAAGAACGAACAAAAAACAGCCGAAGAACAGAUUGUUACCGAUCAGAUUGCACCGAGUAUUCGUAAGUACUUAGCCGAAUGA